AUGUUCGGAAUUUCUCCACAUGACAUUGACUUCGCAACAAACGCUACUCCACCUCAGAUGUGUGAAAUGUUUUCCAAGGAAGGAAUUCGAAUGCUGAAUAGAAAUGGAGAAUCACAUGGAACUGUUACAGCCAGAAUUAAUGAUAAGGAAAAUUUUGAAGUUACCACUCUACGUAUUGACGUUGUCACAGAUGGAAGGCAUAGUGAAGUUGUCUUUACAAAUGACUGGAAGUUAGAUGCUGAAAGAAGAGAUCUUACAGUGAAUUCGAUGUUUCUAGGUGUUGAUAUGCAGGGGUUAUUUGAUGAGGCUAAUGAAGCAACAACAGAUUCUUCCGCAAAUGAAAAUAAUACAAGUAAUAAACAAAAAGUGUUAGGACAUUUAUGGGAUUAUUUUAACGGUUGCGAUGACUUGAAAAAUCAUCGCAUACGAUUUGUAGGGGAUCCAGAUGCUAGGAUAAAAGAGGAUUACUUAAGAAUGCUAAGAUAUUUCCGAUUUCAUGGUCGUCUGUCAACAGAAGACACAUAUGAUAGGCAUGAUGAAGAUGUGUUGAAGACUAUAGCCUCAAAUGCUAAUGGUUUGUCAAUAAUAUCUGGUGAACGCUGUUUCAGUGAAUUGAAGAAAAUUCUAUUAUAUCCUUCAACUCCAUUCCUUUUACGUCGGAUGGCAGAUGCUGGGCUAUUUGUUCACUUAGGUCUUCCUGAAAACCCUAACUUUAAAGAAUUAGAUAAAAUCUGGAAUAGAGGUAUACUUUCUUCUGCACCAAACCCGAUUACUUGUUUAGCUGCAAUUAUGACAUCGCCUGUUGAAGUUGAGAACUUAGACAAACGUUUACGUUUAUCUAAUCUAGAUUUAACAAUUCUAUUGUACAUAUUACAUAAACGCGAUUAUUAUUUUAAUUUAUCUAAUGAAAAUGAUAAAAAUGAAAUGAAAUUUUAUCAAAAAGAAUAUUUAUUAUCAUUUGAACCGAAUAAAAUAAAACCAGCUAUAACUGAAUUGUUAAAAUAUUUAGGCAAAGAUAAAUUAUUUAUUGAUGAGUGGUUAUCAUGGCAACCACCAAAGUUUCCAGUCAGUGGUACAUUAAUUAUUGAUCAAUGGGAUAUACGUAAUAAAUUAAUUCGACCAGUUUUAUUUAAACUACGUGAACAGUGGUGUGAAUCAGAUUAUAAAUUAUCAAGCGAUGAAUUAUUAACUGAAAGUAAUAAACAAUUUAUAUUGGAUCAUUUAAAUAGUAAUUCUGUUGAUUGUAUACCUGAAAGAUUUAUAAUUCAAGCUAAAAAAUCACGAAGAUGA